GGAAAAAAACAAAAAAAAAAAGGGUAGCGGCAAGAGCCACGCAUUUCGCACGUGCUUAACGCUUCUCCUCUAGUCGCUAGAGUUACAAAAUAAGAAGAGUAAAAUAAGCGUUUUCCCGUCGCAUUUCAACAGAGGAAAAUCGAACAAAAAUGGCGAUGGCGAGCGUACGAUCUGGUCUCCUCCGAACUGCCCUUCGCGGCGGAUCUCGUCCUUCUGCUCCUCCCAAGAGAGGUUUCGCUUCUUCUUCCCAUCACGACGAUGCUUAUGAAACGGCGAAAUGGGAGAAGAUUACAUAUUUAGGCAUUGCUACCUGCACUGUAUUAGCGAUUUAUAACCUAUCAAAGGGUCAUCCCCACCAUGAAGAGCCUCCUCCGUACCCAUAUCUGCAUAUUCGCAGCAAGGAGUUCCCAUGGGGUCCAGAUGGUCUAUUUGAGGUGAAGCAUCACUAGGACAAUGGACUGCCCGUUGGACACAUAUCGUUCCUGAGUUUAGCACAUUUUCUUCAUCUGUCAGACAGAUCAAUCAGAUAAUUGUGAAUCUUUUCUUGGAUGUUAAUUUUAGCACUUCUAUUUUUCUUUCUGGAUUUCAAGACUUGCAUCAUUGCAAGUUCAUCAGGCAUUCUACAUGGUUGUGUAUACCAUGCUCUGUUUCGAAAUAAGAUUAAUGUAUGGUUUGGCCGUUUUCUUUA